UUUUUGACAAAAAAAUGGACUUGUUAUUUCGCUGUUGUAAAUGACAGCAUAACAAGCAUUUUCGAACAUUUUCAUCAUAAGUAAAUGUUUCCCUCAGAGACAAAUGGAUCCAAACGAUCAUUUGUCUCAAAAUAUUGUAUUUGAGGGCAAGUUUAAAGAACUCAAUCCACACGGGAAAAUUAAGCGUAUAUUGCGAUUGAAAAUUUCCGAGCAAUAUGUCAUUUUGUGCAAUAUGGAUAAAAAUAGGUGCAAAACAGAACAAGUCAUUUCCUUAAGCGACUCAGAGCUUCGUGUUCUCGAUAAAACGAGAAAGAGAAUAGCUUUGAAUCUACUAAAUCAGAAUUCAAUGAUUUUUGAGCUAAGCGACACUGAUGCGGCGUCCAAGAAGAACUGGGAAAAUAUAAUACUGUUAAUCAAUAAAUUGUCAUAUGGAAGUCAGUCGGGAAAUAUCGGUAAACGUGUUUUAAUCGCAGAAAAUAUAGUAGAUUCUUUUGAAAAAGCAUCCAAACAACUAUUGGAUAUUUGCAGUAUCAACGAACCUAUAGUCUUCGAAUACUAUUUUGUAGAACUUAAUUUAAAAGGGCAAGGAAUGAGACAGGUUUAUAUUGUGAUAACAAACAAGCAGGUUUAUUUCGCAUCACAAAAUUUACACGACUUAACUCUAAAUGAACAGAUACCUUUGGGAAAUAUUGAUAUGUUUGUCAUGAAUUACUUAUAUAAAAGGAUUGGAAUCUAUUUGACUGGUUCUGUAAGGAUAUUCGAAAUGUGUAAUAAUUGGCAGAAUAAUAAAACUCACAACAUUUGGCUUGAAUUAGUCAAACUCAUAAAUUACAAAGAGAAGGAGAAUAAAACAAACAUUUCUGGUGGUGGAAUUGCUCUAGAUCUUGAUAUUUCGAAUGAUAUUGAGAACUUUCCGAAGAAGUAUUUUGCACGAAGUGACAAAUAUUUUAAAUUGGAUUUUGACGGGGACGAAGAUAGUAUAGAAUUCAGUAUAUUAAAAUAUAUUUCGGUUCUUAUUAAAUGUGCAGGAAUAUCUUGGGCACAAUGUGUUAUUAGUCAAACAGAUUUACCAUUUGCUGGCGUUUCCUGGAAUACGUCGUUGGAGACCGGGCGAGUAAAUCUUCUCCGUCGGUGUGGAUCGUGUCCAACGUUGUACGAAAAUCAUAAAGUGCCUUUGAAACUGGUGAAGAUGGCACCUCAUAUUAAAAAAUCUUCUUCUUCCAUUUACAUUUAUAGUCAUGCAUAUGAAGGCAGCCUCUUCACACAGUGUUCUCAUGAUGAAAAUACGUACCAUUCCAGUAAGAAAGUUUUACUGGACAUAUACGAUAAAGUCAUACCCGGAUAUGUUUCUGAAAUAGAAACUAAAAAGAUGUGGCUGUCGCAGAAAGAGAGUAGAAUGUACAAAUCUUAUAUAAACGCACAUAGGAGAUAUUCACAUACAGAAGAAGUGGAUGUAGCUUUAUUAAUCUCUCGUUCCAUCAAGAAAAUAGACUCUGGUGAUGACCCUGACUCUGAGGAAUCUAUUAGGUAUUCAAUAUGCAAACAGAAAUAUCCAAGGAAAGAGGACUGUUAUUUACCUAACUUUACCGACAUCAAAGCUGAACAGUUGGCCUUUGAACUGACCUAUGUAACAAAAACGCUAAUUCUGAGGAUUAGGGCAGAGGAUCUUAUACAUUUUCAGAAGAGGCACUUACGUUUGAAAUAUUCCAAUAACAGCGUCGCAGUAUUAAUGACAUUCUGUGAUCAAGUCAUUAGUAUGGUUAUUACUGAAAUCAUUAACCAAACGAAUGUACAGAAUCGCUUGCGUACCAUGAAAUAUUUUCUGCAGGUUGCCUGUGUUUGUUGGAAGUUACAAAACUUCAAUACAGUAGGAAACAUUGUGACAGCUUUCCGUAAUCCAGUCAUAUUUCAUUGGGGAAAAACAUGGAGCCUUUUUAAGGCAAAAUAUCCUUUCACUUACGAUUUACACCAGAAAUUAACAUGGGUGUUUUAUGGUGACAAUUUUCGUUCUUAUCGUAAUGUAUUGCGCAAAGCUGUUAAGAAUCCUCCCUAUAUACCUUGGGUUUUCCAUUUCCUGAGGCAUGUUGCGAUACCAUCUUGGAGCACGUAUGUACACACUUGGAAGAAAAUAAAACGCGGAGCAUCUGGCAAAAUUCAUGUUAACGAACAUCUGCACUAUCAAACAGCAACCAAGAUGAAAUACAAGACGUCAAAGCUAUCACAUUUUGAAAAUGCAUCAGUAACUACACCAAAAAUUAUAACAAAUAAAGAGCCUGAACCAUUGAAAUCAAGAUUUUGCAAAGACUUGACGUGGAGAGCUGAGAAGAACGUAGCUACUAAUAAAGAUAAGAACAAACAUAUAGGGCCUAGUGUGAUCACAACUGAUAUGUUAAAAUCUGUCAAGUUACGUAAAGUUCCUAAGGAACAUAUAUACAAUGAGGGAAGUAAAAAGGAAAGACAGAAAGGAGUGGAAGAAAACCCACAAAGAUCAGCACAUUUCAAUGAAUUAAGAACAUGGUUUGAUGGUGAAAAUUCAUCACGACACUCGUCAUUUAUUUGUUCGCAAGCGCCAAUAGAUUCUGUUAAGAAUAUCAGAAGUUCAAAUACAUAUCACGAUAGUCAGUUACAAAUUCCAGCACCAAACUCAGCAACCGAUAUUGAAGACAUAUAUCAAAGAACAUGUAAUGAAUAUCUAUCUUCUGAAUGGAGUAUCUCGACUUGCCUGAAUGCAAAUACUUCAUGUGAGGAAGAUGAUUGUUUUCGUAAUGAAAUGCGGAUGAGAGAAAAUAUUUCGCAAACCCGACAAAACGUGCAUCUACAUAAAGAUAGAAAGUCUGAAGAAUUAUUAAAAAAGAAAGGAAAAAAUACAGGAGGGAAAACUAAAAACCCAAAGAAGACGAAGUGUACUCGGAGUGUACCAAGUUCAAAGAAGCAAGACAUACUUCCAUCAGCAGUAGUUGAAGAACGUGAAAUUUCUUCCGAUGCAUCAACCAGUGUUUCGACAAAUCUCCAAUUUUUUUAUCUUGGUACAUACAAUGAAACAGAAGACGCAAACGAGAAAAAAACGAAGAAACUGUUUAAAAUGAAGUCGUGGAAAAUUGGGAAGACGAAAAGCAAGCCAACAUCGAAAUCAAACAAUCAUGGUUCAUGGACUAAUGAGAACGAGAUCUACUACAUUAAUAAAAACAACAACUCCCGUGCAAAAGAACAUGCAAAAUAUUUUGAUGAUGACAGAAAAUUACGGUGGUCUUAUAUCGAUUUCUGGAAGUGCCCCUUUUGUGGAAAAGAUAUUUGUAUUUAUGCAGAUCUGCCAACAAACAUACUGUUGCGCUUUCAAAGUGCCGUAGCAAAAUAUGCAUUUCAAAGUCAGUUUAUAUUAGGAGAAUUUCUAAAGUCUUACAGAUUUUUGGAUAUAGAGACACUGUUUCGUAUUUCACGUUAUGAUUAGGGGGAACUAUAUCGUUUUUAUUUUAUUGUUUGGUUUAAUAUUGAAAUGAUUAAAAAAUGUGAACAUGG